AAAAAUACAGAUGAAGCCGCCACCCGAGUUGUUUGCAGGGUCUGGUGGAGCAUCUUUUUAGUCCGGACCAGGACAAUAUCAGUCUGUUCAACAAUUGGGAACAUCAAAACAGAUUAACCUAGCAGAGUAAAUCCGGCAAUGUUCGCACGCCAGGAGUCUCAAGAUCAAUGCCCCCCUCAGAAGGAAUCUAAACUGCCUCUAAAGGCACGGGCACUCCCAUGCCCCGGUGCUCCCAACCCGGCCGACCAUUCCCGCAGUGGCCACACCACGCCCGCAGGCGGAAUCCAAAGAACACGGCAGAAAAGCAACAAGACAUCGCAGCCGUGACAUCGGGAGCACACCCUUGGUGGUACAUAACAAACAAAUUGAAGAACGGAAGACACCAGAAGAUGAGGUUUAACGCGGUGUGUUUGUGUGUUGCUGGAGUCAUACUAAUAACAGGCUCUCUCUGUCAGUUGGAUGCCCCCAUCAGACCAAAAAUUGUUGGAGGGAACAAUGCGAAACAAAAGGAUUGGCCUUGGCAAGUUAGCCUUCGAAAAUUCUCCGACGGCGAGCACUACUGCGGUGGAAGUCUCAUCAGUGAAAGAUGGGUUUUGACUGCAGCUCACUGCCUCCAAGGCAUUGAGAAAACAUUCAUGAAGGUAUACUUGGGACAUCAAGGUCAAACAGUUCCAAACCCAAAUGAGAUGAGCACAGGUGUGAGUGACAUGUACCCUCAUCAUAGUUAUAACAGUUCUACAAAAGACAACGACAUCGCUCUAGUGCAGCUCUCCUCUACUGUGUAUUUCACGGAUUAUAUCAGACCCGUCUUUCUGGCUGGUGCCAACAGCUCAUUUGCUGCAGGUACUGAGAGUCGGGUCACAGGAUGGGGAGCAGUCCAAUAUGGAUCCAGCGCCAAUGCCCCCACACUGCAGGAGGGGAGCGUACCAAUCGUUGAUGACAGUGAUUGCCGAAAAAAUUCCUGUUUCAAAGUGAUCACAGACAACAUGAUAUGUGCUGGAGAGAUGUAUAAGUCAAAAGUAGAUGCUUGUCAGGGUGACUCCGGAGGACCACUGGUUAGUAAGAAGGGCUCCCAGUGGAUCCAGUCUGGAAUUGUGAGUUUUGGUGAAGGCUGUGGGACACCGUCGUGUCCUGGCGUGUACACAAGAGUGUCUAAAUAUGAGAACUGGAUCAAGUCUCACACAAUUGGUUAUGAGCCUGGAUUUAUUGAUUAUGUCUCUAAUGAGUCCAGCUUCAACAGACACACAUUCAAAAGCUUCUUGUUUUCUCUGUCUCUCACAUUUUCCAUCAUUCCUCCUUUUUAACUUUUCUAAAGAUUGUUAAAAUUACAUGAUGAUUCUAAGGGUUACUGUCCUCAUUUCAUAUUUGUUUAUAUGAAAAUAUUUUUCUUGAUUAAUAUUUAAC